AUGGACUUCCAGAAGGACCGGGCGCCGCACACGCUCGACGACGCGGACUUUGUCGAUGCCAACGAGACGGCGGCGGAGAAGCGUGUGCGCCUCGCGCGGGGAUACCUCGAAAAGGUCCGGGCGGAGGUGGCGGCGCAGCGCGAGACGGGGGACUACGACGCCGAAGAGAUCGACAGGGAGCUGAUCGCCAGCCGGUUGCGGCAGGAGGUGGACGAGGCGGAGGGGCGCAUUCACCGUUUCUACUCUGCUGCGGAGGCGAGCAGCACGCGCUUCAAGAGCACGCAGCACCCGCCGACGGGGAUCGCGAUGACUGCCGCCGGGCCGAUGUAUGCUUCGAUGAAAAACGGCGCCGUUCUCCGCUUUGACCGGGAUACGCUCGCGCAUUCGGCGCUCCGCGCCGAGGGCGGGGGGCACAAGGGCGCGGUGCUGUGCGUCGCGGCGAGCGAGGACGGGAAGUGGGUAGUUUCCGGCGGGACAGACAAGGUCGUGGGCGUGUGGGAUGUGUCUGGCGACGAGCCACGAUGGGCCGCCGGCAUGCGGGGCCACAAGGACGCGUCGGUCGUGAUUCCGCCCCUCUCCAAUCCCUCCGCACACGUCCUCUCCGCCUCGCUCGGCCGGCACCUCACCCUCCACUCCCUUUCGACGCUGAGUGCGCUCGACACGUUCUUCGGACACCAGGACUCGAUCACCUCCGUGUCGGCGCUUAAGCCGACCGUGUGCGUGACUGCCGGCUCGCGCGACCGCACCUGCCGUUGGUGGAAGGUCGAGGAGGAGGUGCAGCUCGUGCUCCGCAGCGGCGGGAAGACGCGUUCCGACGGCCGCGAGUACUUUGAGGGCAGCGUGGACGUCGUCUGCGCGCUUGAUGACUCUCACUUUGUCUCAGGCGGCGAUAGUGGCACGCUGGCGUUCUGGAGCACGGGCAAGAAGAAGCCGCAGUUCACGCACCACCUCGCACACGGCGUCGACGUUGAGGGACGCAACAUGUUCCCGUCUACUGUCCCCCCGACUCCACGCUGGAUUACGGCACUCGCGGCGAUUCGCGGGACCAACAUCGUUGUGAGCGGCUCGUGGGACGGGCGGAUACGCUUCUGGGCCAUCGACGACAACUUGCGCACGUUCAAGCCGGCGGGUGAGGUCGCGGUCGACGGCUUCGUCAAUGAUCUCCAGAUCCUCUCCUUGGAGGACGGUGUGGUUCUCGCCGCCGCUAUUGGAAAGGAGCCGCGCCUCGGGCGGUGGCUGACUUUGGACGGGGCGAAGAAUGGCGUGUUUGUCGCCAAGAUCGACCUCAAGGAGGCUGAGGAGGUGGCUGACGAAUAGACCGACGAUAGCGCAGUUGUGUAGUUAUCCAUGCAUAUUUGGCCAUUCUACGUCUGUCGACGAAGCUGCCACGGGGCUUCCGCCACGCAUCAUCCACAUUGGCUCGAGCUUCUCGUCCUAUAUGCUAGCCAGACGUACAUGCAGUGCUG